AUGUUUGCACUCUCUCGAUUUACGUGUGGCUCACCCGCGGCCUCUUUACUCCCACUAGCACGCUAUAUCUCGUACAUUGCUCUUCCUCGUGUAUCAGCUGACAAAAGCUACCGCUUCGGGCUCAAGUUGGACGAAUUAAAGGCGCAGGAUGAGGACGAGGAGGCAGCGCUUGCGCAGCUUAAGGCUGUACUGAGUCUGCGCAAUGCGUCACAGCAAGAGCUGAAUAAGGCACAAGUAGCCACAGCCAUCGAGACAUUUCAGCGUUUUCCGGGUGAUACAGGAUCAAGUGAAGUUCAAAUUGCCGUGCUUACGCAGAAGAUUCUACACAGCACGGCACACGCGCAGAACCACAAGAAAGAUCACCAUUCACGACGAGGUCUAAUUGCUAUGGUGGAGAAGCGGCGAAAGCUUCUUAAAUAUUUGCGCCGCAAGGAUCUGCACAAGUACCGUAAUGUGGUAGCAGCGCUGGGUCUUCGCUUCACGUAA